UUUUUCGUUUCGUCGUUGGCAGGCCUGAAAGAAGCUCAAUCGCCGCUAACAUCACGUUCAUUUGUCGUCUGCCCGAAUGUUCCGUUAGUUCCGUGUAGUUUCGUGAGAGAAAACCGCUGUGUACCUGUAUUGACGUCCCUGCGUUGCCACCAACCACUGAGCGCAUGUGUGCCAGGUGUGUACCGUGCAUGCACUCAGUCAACGCAUGCUAAUGCACUCAUACAAACGGCGACGACCAGUGACGGUGAGCACCUACGAACGAGUGCUUUGUGGACGCUGGCCGAAUACAGUGUGUCGCACAGCUUCGAAACUUACUGUGAAGUUGCUGACAGAGGCAAUUGGGUAUCUGGCAUGGUAUGCCCUCACAUACGAGGGGUUCGUCUUUUUAAUAGGCUGGAUUGAAUCGGCUACAUUGGGCCCCAUCGUUGCCGCCAGUGUACUAUACUUCUGAGUACAGCGCCGUACAUAGCGAUGAAUCUGCAGCCUGAUUUCCAUACCAUGUUUGACCGAUGCAAAUGGUGUCAGCUGUCUCUGAAUGACUGUUGAUCAUCAAUGAACUUCGUGUACCGCUUCGCUGGAACUCACAAACAGGGUGUCGAAGAGCAAGGAUUGCAUCGUGUGAAACCGGAAGGGGAACAACAACGGCGCAGUGUUUAGCGUCCUUUAAUAAUGGACGCAGUGGCCGCGAUGGGAAGUGUGAAUUUGCGCUAGUACUAAGCGUAGAUAACGUGUCAUUAUUUUGAAUACGGAAGGAAUUUACGUUUACUGUGUGAUUUAUCCCUUCUACAGUGGCACCUAGCUGGCGUGGUUCUGGUGGGUCUCAUCUGAACAACUGCUCGACAUGUAGGAAGUGGUUCCCGAGACUGCUAGGAAAAGGCUGCAUUCUGCACCGAACACAAAUAGGCAUCAAGGCAGAUGCACUACCCAAGGAAAACGAGAUGGUAGAAGAUUAUGUCAGAGGAACUGAUGACAACCUUUUAUCUGCAAAUGUCUGCAAACAAGCAUGAACACCAAGUUCACUUGCAGCAUCACCAGCAGAUGCAUAGUGUCCACUACAACAGAUGUUCUGCUAGACUGCUACAGCACAAUGCUUAUCAGCUCAGUGAUGGCGCAUCUACCAGACAAGUAGGGCUGCAUUGCUCCCUCUUUCCACCUGGUGGGAGUGACCUGAGCUACCAUGAGGGUGUGCAUGGUAAUGAACGGUUCACAUGUGGUUACUGCAAAAAGGUCUUCAAGAAGAGGGGAACCCUGACCGUUCACCUCCGCGUCCACACCGACACCGUCGUCAUGAUUUGCUACCCGGAAGUGUCCCCUCAACUAUGCUCAUACAUGGGAAGGCAUCUGCUGUAGCAUCCUGUGUGCGGCUACGCCACAGCAUCCCGCAACACAUUGGAUAUUCACCAAAGAGAACAUAAUGAGAAUUUCUUGAACAAGUGUGGCUACUGCGGCAAG